CAGAUCUCAUUUUGUCAAUUGUAUUAUUCAAAAAGGAGAGGGUACAAGAGAGAGAAAAAAAAUGUUUUCAAGGAUCAACACUUGGAAAGGAUCCUGUCACCAAAUACCAAGGCUCUAUAGCACACCAACUCAUAGGUUCUUUCAGACAACCAGACUGAGGCUUACUGAAGGCCUACAAAAUUCACCUGUUUCAAAUAUAACAACUCCCAAUAGAGGUGUAACCGAGCAAACGGCACAACUUUAUUUGGACAAUGUAUUUCCAUUACGAAUGAGUGUCUGGGAUAUAAGACAGCUUGUAUUCAGAAAUUCAAAAGCACUUUUGGAGUCAAAAGUACAUCAAGCGAUACCUUCCCCUGAUCUACCCCAUGACUUUGCCAUAAAAGAAAUCAUUGCUCGCACAAAGGACGGCGGGGCCAUCGUAAAGUUUACUUUCAGAAGCACAGACGCAACCAAAACAGAGAAAGCAAAGGAUAUUGUGGAAAGGAUACAAGAGUAUAUUCAACAAUCAAAUAUCGUUGCUCCUUUCAACUUACAACAGGUGAGAGCCUUUUUAGUCAAGGGACAACCCUUCUUGGAAGACAUAUUGGCUAGAUAUCCAACACCUCGACUUCGUAUCGAGUUUCAAGGUGAACCUACCAAUGUGGAGGUGCUCUAUGCUCAUUUGAGACCCUAUGGAAGAAUAUUUGAUAUCUCGCUUUAUCCUAAUCCUAAUAUAGGAAAAGAUCCUGCACGAUAUGCUAUUGUCCAAUUUACUCGCAUACGAUAUGCAGCAAGUGCUCGCAAUUGCUUACAUGGACAUGUGAUUGAUAAUACCCGAUUAAACAUUUUGUAUGAAAAACAAAUGCGUACGAAUGUAGUCAAGGACUGGCUGGUCAACCAUCCUCGUAUUACUGUACCUGUGAUCGCUGCUGUCUUCGCAGGUGUCACUUAUGCAGUAUUUGAUCCCAUUCGUAUCUUCUUUGUUACCUCCAAAGUUACUCAACGAUUUAAUCCUCAAGAAUAUGCACUCUAUCGCUGGUUGCGUAAGGAAACAUGGGCUCGACUUAUUCCCGGGGACGAUCGACAGCCACUACCUGAAGGUUCAGCAUGGGCUGAUGACUUUGAGCAGACUGAAAAAUUAAAAUCUUGGCUUGCUGAGAGGCCAGAGACAUUUAUCUUGAUCACUGGGCAUAAAGGAAGCGGAAAAUCUGCUCUUGUCAAGGCAGCCAUUCAUGAAAAGAAGCACAAGCUAUUUAUUGAUUGUGAAAGGAUUGCCAAUGCAAGAAAUCAAUCAGAAAUGACAAAAAACCUGGCCAAGGAAGUUGGCUACUUCCCAGUGUUCACUUGGGUAUCCUCUAUGAGCGGAUUGAUGGACACGGUCGUAGCAGCUACAACAGGUCAAAAAGCCAAUCUUGCAUCCUCACCUGAUUCUCAAAUGAAGAAUAUUUUGGAAACGGUUGCUAUUGCUUUACGUGAUACCAUACCAAGUGAAAAAGAAGCACGCGAACUUGCUGAAGAUGAAAAAGACACAACUAAUUUGCUUCAAAAGUUCAAGGAUUUUAUCAUAGGUCAUAAAAUAACUGUUCCAAAGCAGACCGAAAAGCCAUCUGAAGAGAAAGAAGAUGAAAAGCCAGGAGAAGAGGACAAACUGGACCAGCACAGCAUUCCUAUCGUUGUCAUUGAUAAUUUCAUGUACCGUGAAACGUCUAAAUCAGCCAUCCUAUGGGAAGAAUUGGCAGAGUGGGCAGCUCUUUUGAUCGAGAACGGUAUUGCCCACGUUGUCUUUGUGAGUUCGAAUGCAAGUGUCAUGAAAACCUUGGGCAAAGCUCUUCCUGGAAAAACGUUCUCGAGCAUCACUCUCUCUGAUGCCCCACCUGAAAUGGCCAUGUCGUUUAUUAAGAAGCAGCUAGGUGAAGAGGUCAAUGACCCCAACCUUCCUGAAAUUGUAUCAGCCUUGGGUGGACGUCUUACAGAAUUAGAAGUCCUUGUUCAAAAGAUGAAGAUGAAUAUGGAUGCAUUAUCUGCCUUUGAGGAUAUCGUCACACGUAAUUUGAUUGAAAUUCGAAAGUAUGGAUUUGGUGAUUCAUCGAACGAAGAUAACAAGUUUGAAUGGUCAUCGAUUCAAUUCUGGACCAUCGUUAAACUCCUGUCUGAAAAACACAGCAUCAAUUAUGAUGAAUUAAAAUGGGAUAGCUUGUUUAAUGGAAAUGAUGCUCCCCUGAGAGCUAUGGAAAGGGCAGAAUUAAUUACCGUCGUGCAUAAAGAUGGCCGACCAAACUCAAUCAAACCUGGUAAACCUAUUCAUUAUACAGUCUUUAAGCGUCUUGUAUCAGAUAAAGUGUUUGCUUCUUCCAUGGAGAUUGAAACAAAUAUGUAUUUGAAGAAACAAGCUGAAGAAAACAUGGCGAAAUUGGAAGAUACAACUGAAAAAUUAUCAAAUAUCAGUCAACCCAAUCGACCACCUCGAGAAGUGGAUGCUCGUAUUCGAUAUCUGUUAACCAAGUUGACAUCUGUUCAGAAAUCAAUUGAGCAAUAUGAUGCAGCUAUUAAGAGUGCAAAAGAAGCUGUUUCUAAAAGUUGGGUAGAAGAUGAAAAUUAGAAAAAACAAAAACAAAACGGAGACUUUUUCAAUAAAGAAUUUUUUGAUGUAUAUUUUC